CACUAUUGCGUAUCACAGCGAGCAGGCUGUGAAGAUGUAAUUUGUGUCAAUUUUGUGAUCAUACCUCAUGCCUAUUAAUUUUAUCAUGUUUAAAACCGCGUUAUAAAUUAUAAUUUUAAAACUUAAAACUGUUUAUGACAAUGACAGCAAUAAGUUGAAUUAAAGAAUAAUAUAAUAGACUUAUUGGUGUUUGCCGUAGUUGGUGUUUUGGUGAUACAAAUUUCUUUAUUCGAUUAGUCGUCUUUGACAUUGUACAAUGUUAAACGCUCAUAGUGUUUAGUGUUUACAUUUUGUAUUUUUGUAUACAAUUUCUUUCCAAUUAUGAAUGACACGUCGUAGGUAGUAGCAAAAUAUGUUUGUAUAGAUGGUGCAGCUGCAUGCCAGUAUAGUGUAUAUACGUUGCCAAAGACAAACGUGUUUUAAUUUUUAAAACAAUAGUGAUCUACAAAAUUUGAUACCUGAAACCUGAUAAGGUUUAUUAUAUUAUUUUGAAUAUUUUACUGUUGCCUAAAUAUUAAAUUAAAUAAGAAACAACGUAUUAUUAAUUUUUUUUUUAUCGACUCUUUGGACAUUGAUUAUUCAUAUCUGAUGUUAUUUUUUGUUAUACCUUAACUAUUGAGGAAUUUCAAUUCGUCAACUAUCAAUAGAUUAUUUCCUGAAGAGUCAUAAACUCAUAAGUCAAAUUGACUGUUGAGAGUAAAACACUUAAAUUGUCUUGUGAUGGAUUUUGCUGAUGAUGUUACCAAUAAUGACGAAAUUGAAAAAAGGGUUAGAACCCUUUGGGUGGGUAAUCUUCAUCCGAAAGUGUCCAGCAGAGAUAUAGCCGAACUGUUUUACCAGGUAGGGCCAGUUGAAUAUGUAGAAUUUGCAUAUGACGAAAAUGAAAUAUGUGAAAACUUUGCUUUGGUUGUGUUCAAAUAUUCAAGUUCAGUGGAAGAUAGUUUAAAAAUUUUUAAAGGCACUAAGUUGUAUGGGUUGCCAAUAAUAACAAAAAAUUACUCAAAUCACUUUGAAGAUCCAGUUUUUAAUGAACAACUUAAUUAUUUUAAACAGUUAAUUAAAGUCGAACAAAACUGUCAACCAAAUAGUCCUACUGAAUGUAAAUGGAUUGAUCAAAGUUUAGAUGAGAAAAACAUUCCAGAAAGUCUGCCUCAACCACCUAUGCAUGAAGAUCAUAGUCAUAGUAAAAAUCAUGAUAAUUAUGAUCGUAGAAGUAGUUCUAAAGUUAAUUCAAGUAAAUAUAGACAUCAUACCCGUAAUUCUAAACGCCAAAAUUCAGUAAAUAGUGGUGAAUAUUAUCCAAUCGAUAAAUCUCACCACAGUCAAAAACAUUAUAAAAAUUCUGAACACAACAGCAGCUCUGGUUCAAUGGAGAUGUUUAACUAUGAACGGGAUUCAUAUUAUAAUAAUCCAAAUAAUGAUCGUAAACACCAUGAUCAUACAUCAUUUAAUCGAAAAGAAAGUGCAUACCACAAUCAGGAACCUAUGUCUACGCAUGAAAAACAUUCUGGUAAAGAUAAUAAUAUGCUAGUGCGUGACCUAAGAGAUACUAUGUUUAGGAAACGUAAUCGCUUAGAUUCUAAUUUUCAUAUUGAUAUGAAUACUAAUGCUGGAUGUACGUCAUUAUUAGAUCUCAGAGAUACUAUGUACAAAAAUAAGAACAGUAGGGAUCUUGGACAACAGAAUUAUGAAUCAGAUUCUAAUAAUCGAUGGUCAGAAAGAAAUCAGAACAUACAUGGUAAUAGUUACUUAAACAAAGAACCUCGCAAAAAUAACUAUAAUUCGGAGCGUUACAGUGAAUCAAGUACUAAAUAUCAAAAUAAUUAUGCUGAUAGAAGUUAUAACCAAGAUAAAUCAAACAAUGGUAUUCAAGAAUAUGGCAGUGAAUUUCCUAAUAAUUAUAAUGAUGGUUAUAGACGCGACAAAAACUGGCGUAACAAUAAUAAGUACAACAAUCCUCAGAACAUGGAAUCUAGCAGUCGUCAGCACAAUUCUUACCAUCCUUAUAAACGAAACAAUGAACACAGUGGUCAUAACCGCAAUAAAAGUCACAACAGAGGGGGUUCUGACCGAUCAAGACAUAAUUAUUAUUCAUAAAAUUAAUAAAUUAUUAAUGUAAUUUUAUGAAUAAGCUCAUUGUACAAUUUUGAAGUUAACUGUUAAGUAUAUAUUUUUUUUUAAAUUAAAAUUACAUUAUAUAAAUAUUUUUAUAUUUAUCAAAAUAA